AUGUCUAAAGCAGUCAUCACUAGUAACUUAGACUCUGAAACCCUAUCAAAAACAGUCGAGAAGGGGUGUUUUGAGCCGUAUAACGAGCGGUUCAUUCAAGAUGGUGUCCACGAUCUUCCUAAUGAAGAAGAGAGUGUUGAUCUUCAGUUCAAAAAGGACAGCGAUCCAACAGCAGGAUCUGCUGUCGCCUCACAAACUGAGGUGAGCACAAUGCGGUCCUCCAUUAUCCGACGUCUUAGAAAGACUGAUACAAAACAGACCCCUUCGCCAACACAGCCACUGGCUGACACAAAGGAUACCGAUAACAAAGAUAUUCAGACCAACGAAAAUGGUGUUCACAAAGACGAUGAAAUAGAUGAGGAAGAAAUUAAAAAGCUGCAAAACAGUAAAGAAGGAAAAGGAUUUACAGUGGAAGAUGUCAUCGCCAGAAACUUCCAAGAAUUGUUGCUAGAAGAGAAAGAAUACUCCAGACUCCCGAAUGGAAAAAUGCGCAGAAACGCAAAAACAAAUUGGACAAUCGCGUUCAAAUCGUUACACUUCGGAUUUUCGUUGGUCGGGUCUUUAAUUGGUGCAGGUAUUCUAUCGUUAGCCUUGACGUGUAGUAAAAUGGGAGUAAUUGGGUUUGUUGCAUGGAAUAUACUGACCAUCGUAUAUUUCAUAUAUACGUGGUUUUACUUUAACAAGGCUAUUUACUUGACUGGCGCCGCAACACUUGGUGAGUUACUAUCGCUUGUUUUUGGAAAUGCAUUUGCCAUUAUUGUGGACGUGUGUAACACAUUGUUCUUCAUUUGUGUGUUAAUGUCAGAUCAAGUGAUAGCAACGCAAUACAUCUUCGGUAUUAUUCAAGACACAACAACACGGGAUCAGUGGAACAAUACACUGGACCAGUGUUAUGGAAAACCACAGCAAACAGCUGGUAUUGCUUGUGGGUGGCAUUACAUCAUUUUGUAUUUAGUCGCGGUUAUUCUCAACUUCCCAUUAAUCAUCCCACGCUCUGUCAAAUUUUUGAGCAGAAUUUCCACGUUAACGCUUGUCUCGGGGCUUGUCACUACCUUUUCGAUUUUAGGGAAAUUGAUAUACUCUGUAGCGGCAGGUAAAUCAUCCAAUGGAAGUGAUGAGAACUUCCCAACAUUCAACGGAAAGUUGUGGCCCCCAGGUUUCAUGUCGUUCUUCACAAUGGCGCCCUUCAUUUCAGCAAAUUUCCAAGUCCAUUCGUGCCUUCCUCCACUUUAUGUAGGUACAAAAGGCAUGUCUAAGAAAACAAAAUUAAUCUCGCUUCAGGCUGGAAGUGUCAUUUCAAUCAUCACCACGGUUAUAUUCUAUUUGAUUGUGGCAAUAAGUGGAGACGUUUCUUUCGAUAAAGUGUCUGGAAACGUUUUGAACGAUUUUUCAAACCCAAACAAAACUGAUAUUGACUGGAUCAUUUUGAUAUGCAGAGCGCUGAUGAUUGUUGUUGUCUGUGUUGCAUAUCCCAUCAUCAUGUACCCUACAUGUGCGGGAAUUAUUCGUUACAUUCCGCGCAAUUGGAAAUUUAUGCAAAUAUGGAACGGCACUCUUUCUAUUCUAGUCAUUCGAAUUUUGAUCUUGUGUUUGUCGACGUUGUGUGCAAGUUUUGUGACGAAUAUUGGUGUUAUCUUUUCUGUUGGUGCUGCAAUAUUCAGUAUUUUUGUUGUGUAUAUCGGUCCAUUGAGUAUCAUUAUGCUUUGGCCUCGAAUUGAGAAACUUGGCGAUCCAAAUUUCCGUAAACUUAGUAUUGUGGACAACGUUUUGUACAACAAAAAGGUCGACGGAAACACACGAUUUACACAACAUGAUAUCGAAGUAGCUUUUGCUGGGAUAGAAGCUAAAAAGAACGAAGGAAUUGCAGAUGUUGUCGUCACCUUUGCAACAGACGAAGGCGGACCAAAAGAGAUUGAACUUGCCGAAAUCAAAAAUGGUAAAGACGUUCCACAAAACAAUGAAGAGUUCGCAGUCAAAGAGCCCGAACCAGAAAACAAAGACGAAGACAUCGAGAAAUUGCAGAAAAAAUGGAUUAAACUGCCCGACGCUCACAUCCCAUUGUGGAGAUAUAUUAUCUUUACCACCGCAAUGUUUUGUUGUGUGGUGUUGUGCAUCCUCUCCGUUGUUGGCACCAUUCUUGAGCAAUUUUCAUAA